AUAUCCAAACCCCCCAACAACAAAUCAUCCCAAAGAGUCACCAUGGUUCUUCUUCUUCCCUCUUGUUCAAACCAAUUGAACACCACUUUCUGGUUUUCAACUCCCAGUUACCGACGCAACCAGUCACAUCGCAACAGUAACAUCAUCAUCAAAUGCGCGAACAAGAGAACCGGCAAACAACGGUACCCGUCAGAGAAGAGAAAAUUGAAGUCAAAACACAAGGAACUUUUAUCAUCUAAUGAUAAUAAGAGCAACAAAUUUGAGGGUACAUGGAGACUAUGCAACCUUGCUGUUCCACUUGAUCAAGACCCUGGUAAAGACUUUCUAGAAGUUUCUGAUGCACUUCUUCAUGUUAUUGCUAAGCUUCUCAAGUUCCCGGUUGCUUCAAUGUUACCGCGAGAACCGUUUUCAGUUGUUAGAAAAUCGUUUGAUGCUAGGAAGGAACCUAAAUUUGUGCAUACUGUGGACAUGGAUGUCCAGAAACUCCUCAGCCUCGAACCUCGUUCUUGGGACUUUAUAUCUCAGCUGCAGCCUAAAGUUGGCCUUGUGGAACGUGUGAAUGACGAAGGAGAUUUUGGUGAUCUGAUGAGUAUUAUACGAGACUGUAAAGAAAAUAAGGAAGAUUUAGUGAAAGGGGAAAAUGGACACAGCAUCUUCUCAAAAGAGUUGUACAAAAAGCAGGAUACCAGAAAGCCAAAAAUUGCAAUUGUGGGUAGUGGGCCUUCUGGCCUAUUUGCUGCGCUUGUUCUCGCAGAGCUUGGUGCAGAUGUUACGCUAAUAGAAAGAGGUCAACCAGUUGAAAAGAGGGGGCGUGAUAUUGGUGCUCUUAUAGUUCGGCGAAUCUUGGAAUUAGAAAGUAACUUCUGCUUUGGGGAGGGUGGUGCAGGUACCUGGAGUGAUGGAAAGUUGGUAACUAGAAUCGGACGCAAUAGUGGCAGUGUCAUUGCGGUUAUGAGAACUUUAGUGCAGUUUGGAGCUACAAAACAGAUAUUGAUUGAUGGUAAGCCUCACUUAGGAACAGAUAGGUUGGUUCCAUUACUUCGCAACUUCAGGCAACAUCUGCAAGAUUUGGGUGUAACCAUAAAGUUUGGAACAAGAGUAGAUGAUCUACAGAUAGAAGAUGGACAAGUUCUUGGGGUUAUGGUAUCAGAAUCCGCUGAUGAAUUGCGUUUAAGAAGUCAGAGGUUGGAAUGUGAUGCAGUUAUUCUGGCGGUGGGUCAUUCUGCUCGUGAUGUAUAUCAAAUGCUUCUUACUCACAAUGUGGAACUGGUACCCAAAGAUUUUGCUGUAGGGUUACGGAUUGAGCAUCCUCAGGAGCUAAUAAACAGAAUACAGUAUUCUGAACUGGCAUCUGAAGUUUGCCGUGGACGUGGUAAAGUCCCAGUGGCAGAUUACAAAGUUGCCAAUUAUAUUGACAAAGAUGAUUUCAAUGAAUCAACUGAUUCAAAGGUGGAAAAUCGCAGUUGCUACUCUUUUUGCAUGUGUCCAGGUGGGCAGGUUGUUCUCACAAGUACAAGUCCAUCUGAAAUAUGCAUCAAUGGCAUGUCAUUUUCUCGCCGAGCAUCUAGGUGGGCAAAUGCUGCACUUGUGGUGUCAGUCACAAAGAAUGAUUUUGAAGCUUUGAAUUAUUAUGGUCCCCUCGCUGGUGUUGAGUUUCAGAGAGAGUUUGAACGAAGAGCUGCUGUGAUGGGAGGAGGAAACUUUGUAGUGCCUGUACAGACAGUUCCAGACUUUCUUGAGAAUAAGUUGUCCGUUACAUCUGUUCCACCGUCAAGUUAUCGCUUGGGUGUGAAGGCAUCAAAUCUUCAUCAGCUAUUUCCUGCAAACAUAAUUGAAGCUUUGAAGCAUUCACUUGAAACGUUUGACAAGGAGUUACCAGGGUUUAUCUGCAACGAGGCUCUCCUUCACGGUGUAGAGACUAGGACCAGUUCCCCAAUCCAGAUUCCUCGUGAUAUUGACUCUUAUGAAAGCACUUCGGUAAAAGGACUAUAUCCAGUUGGUGAAGGAGCAGGUUAUGCUGGUGGCAUCAUUAGCGCCGCGGUAGAUGGAAUGCAUGCUGGGUUUGCUGUUGCGAAAAAAUUCAACUUAUUUCAUGGAGAUGUUAAAUCUGUUCUUGGCAAGGCUCGUAAUGCUGGACUCGUCAAGUACUAAAAGAAAUCAGUUUUCUUCAGAUUUCUACAGGCACAGAAAACAAUAGAUAAUGGAAGAGGUUUUGCAUCCCAGUUACACCGCGCUGAAUAUUUGAGCUAACAAAGUUGUCUUCCAGACUGAUCCACCGAGACGGGAAGGAAGACUUCGAAACUUCAUUUAUGUUGCUGCCUUUUCCCCAAUGAUCAUAGAAUAGCAUACCAGAUCCAGAUGCUUGCAUGCUCCGUUUUGAAGUUGAAGCAAAGGCCUUUGAACCUGGUAGCUGCAAUUUUGGAUGAUGAUCAGCUUGACAAAACAUGUAUGUAUCUACCUAUAAAAUGAAUUUGAGAUGGUGGAAACACAACACCAGUUGCAUGGUCAUGCCUAGAACUCUUAUACUGUGAUGUUUAUUUCUGUAUUUACAACAAUCUUAGGAUUCAUAAUAAGGUUUGGGUUCCUAGCUUACUUUAAGUUGGCCCUGCAAUGUCACAAUAGCUUUACAAAUUAAGCUACAUCUAUUUAUUUCUUUGGAAUAAUUCCCACAGAUGAUUUCUCAGUUUUUAACGAUUAAGAAUAAAAACUAAUUCAUAUA